AUGCCGAAAUUAUUUGUCCUGGCUGUAUUGUCUGUGGUGGCCCAUAACGCCUAUGGUGAAGGGUUUUUGAACAAAUUGCUGGCCGAAAGUAGCAACGAUGCGAUGCAAGACUUGGUUAACGAUCCCUGUUUUAAUAAAAUUAACAAAGAUGUCAUGACAUGCUUUAAUACCAAAGUGCCCAAAUACGACCCGACAAACAAGGACCCCGCAUACACUUGCUGUGUCACGUGGAACGAGAUUGAUUGUAUAACACCAUCUGCAAAGUACCCACCAUGCACAGUCCUUGAAGUGGUUAAACUGGUAAAUAUAGAGACCAAAUUGGUGACGGCUUUGGAGGCCACAGGAAAGUCGUGUGAAAAACAUAAAUUUGCUACACCUCAUACCACGUGCCCGAUGACAUAA